AUGAAGAUGAGCCCCCACGAGAACACGAAACAAUUUCCCGCGCUGGCUCCGGGACCGCCGCGCAUGUUCGCUCCGCAGACAUCGACUGCUGUCAGUAGGCCAAAGAAGAAUUCCACGGCUUGCCUGGCAUGCAAGGCAGCAAAGAGGAAGUGUUCUGGACCGGAUGCCCCAUGUAAGGCUUGUCGGUCCACCAACACCGAAUGUCACUUUGAUCCUAGUCGAGACCUCAGACGAAAGGUUGCCGUCAAACGGACGAUCCAGGAGCUCACAAACCACAAAGAUCUACUAGAGUCUUUGUUAAGCACCCUCGGGUCGGCUGAUCAGCUCCAGUUCGACAAAGUGAUGGAUUUGAUUCGGAAAAAGGCACCGUACCAAGAUAUUGCCCAUGCGGUCGGAAGCCCGGCCACGACGUUCGGGGACCCCCAAGAGUUGUCCAAUGCCAGCAAAUUGGCGAUCUUAGUGUAUGGGGAGCAUCCCAUAGAAACCUCGGGCAACGGGGUGAGACGACCAUCGGAUCCUGGCAAUAUAGCAAGCUCACCAGAAGAGAUUCCAAAUAUGAAACAUCCGCAAUGGCCAACAGUUAGCCCUUACGCCCGCGUCACACUGGAAAGCCUCUGCGACAUACCUCUCUUCGAGGUGCCAGCAAAGCCGUGGACAAAGGUCACAGAUGAUGAUUAUCUGGUCUCGCACCUAGUUUCACUCUACUUUACCUGGGACCACCCAUGCACACAGUUCCUUGAUCAACGUAUCUUCCUCCAACACAUGAAACUCGGUGACCGAAGGUCGGAGUUCUGCACGCCCCUUCUCGUCAAUAGCCUGUUGUCAAUGGCUAGCGCCUAUUCUGAUAGCCCUGAUGUUCUUUCCACCCCGGAGAAUGUAUUCUCCCGCGGACAGAACUUUUUCCAUGAGGCGCAAAGAUUGUGGGAAGUCGAAGAUGAUGACCACGACCUGCCUAACAUCCAGGCUCUCCUCUUGAUGUGUUGCGUAUUUAAAUGCCAAGGGCGGGUCAAGAAAGGCUGGAUGAUGCUUAGUCAAGCAGUUCAGCUGGCACAGGAUAUAGGACUCUUUGAUACCCCAGCAGUGUCGAAAAAGGAGAUGUUGCCAGAGAUUGAACGUGUACGCACGAUUACUGCCUGGGGUGUCUUCAAUAUGAGCUCGCAAAUGUCGAUUGAGCUGCAGAAGAUUGCUCUCUUGCCAUAUCCCACAUCCGAUGUCAUUAUGUGUGGCAACGAAGACUUUGACUGGACACCGUAUCCUCGCUCAAACAAAAUCACAUAUGACAAAAAGCCAGCACGUCUCCCUGAAGUCAGGGAGGGACUGGCUGAGCUCACCGGAAUCUUGGUCGAUGUCCAAAAGCUCGUUUCUGAAAAACGUCGGGGAAACAAUAUUGACGAGUUGUGGAGAAAAGCUCAAGACCCAUUCGAUCGUUUGGAUGCUUGGCUGCAACGCUGGCCGAGCGUACCCGAGAUACAACCAAAUCCGGUCCCACAAGUCCUUCUCUUGCGAAUCAAAUGUCUGCAGGCCCUCAUACAUCUGUUUGAGAUUUUGAAUGACCCUCAUCAGCCACGAUCCGUCCGACAGGCCCAGUUCUAUCAGGUUAGGUCCGUCACGGAAACGGCACAAUGUCUUCGCAUCCAUCGUCAAUCGUAUGGCCUCAAGCAUAUACCCAGCCAGAUAGUUGAUGCCAUACAGACAGGUCUUCGGAUCUUAGUCCAUCACUUGGAAGAAAGUGACGAAUCAAGGCAGGCGUUUGUUGAGCUGUGUCGGUUUGGAACGGCUCUUAGUCACAGGUUUAAGCAAACAGCCGACGUGAUUCAUGAGAUCAGGAAGAUCGCGCAGCACCUUGGCGUCCGAUUGCCAUCUGAGGCUAUUGCAAUCUUCGAUGACCCGGAACAGUGGAGGAGUCUUGAGCCCUGA